CAAAAGCUGCAAAUAAUAUAGCUUGGGGAAUAAUCAUUUUCUCCGCCCAAAGAGAUGAUAAUAAUAAUAAAGAUAAUAAUAUAAUUAGCAGACAUGAAGGUUGAGAAAUCAGUAUACAAAACACAAGGGGGCUAAUGAUGUUUCAGUGAUAUAUGUUCAAUGGUCUGCAUAGGUGAUUGGUGAGGGGAGCAACAAAGGACACAAGGGCAGAAUUUGUGUUGGUCCUGGUGGGUACGGUUGGUGUGGCUUUACCUGCUCUUAACUGUUUCCAAAGCUAGUCAGACUAAUCAGUCAAGCUUUUCUCUCUUUUUCCUUAUUUUCAGCUUGAGCCCCCACCCAUUGAUCUAAAAACUACGCAAGGCUAUUUUCCCCCAGUUUCCACUACUGUCUUAAAUCGCCUCUUCUGUCUAUUUUCUAUCGCUCUUUCUUGUCUCUCACUUCCUUCCAAUUCUUUUGUUUAAUUCUCGGUGCUCAGUUAGGCGGAGCUGUUCACCUUCCUUUUGUCAGAAUUCUCUAACAAGUCUCUUUUGCCCAACAGGGGUUGACAAAAACGUAUACAACCAAGAAUAAAUUCACCCAACAUUACAACUGCAUACAAGAAAUCAACGUACUCAAACUUUUUCUUUUUUAUCUUUCCUACUUCCUUUUCUCCUUUAAGUCUUGCAAGUCUCUCAAGACUUGAACUUUGUUUGAGUCUUUUGGUUGUUUCUCAGAUGAAGACAAUCAUGGCCAAAACCCCUCAUGAUUCUUCUUUCUCAUUCUCCAGGAGAUACUUCAACUGGAGAAAGAAAGUUGAAGAUGAAGAUGAUAUUGAAGGAAUCCUAACCAACUCCUUCUAUGAGGAGGAGAAAGAAGAGGAGUUUACAAUAUCAGUUCCAACUCAAAUUACGGAGCUUCCAUCUCGGAGGAAGAAGUUCCCAGUUGUUGCAGUUUCUAAACUCCGAUCAGCACUUCGUAUUUUUGGCAAGAGCCGGUCGUCUUAUCAUUCUGGUUUAGGCAGUCGAGUGAUAGUUACCCUUUUCGGGUAUCGACGCGGUCAUGUUCAUUUUGCAUUUCAAGAAGAUGCUAAGCUAAAUCCAGCUUUCUUGAUCGAACUCGCAACACCAACAAGUGUUUUGGUCCGAGAAAUGGCUUCAGGGCUGGUGAGGAUUGCGCUGGAGUGUGAAAAGAAAACCGAAAAGAAAGGUUUUAAGCUACUAGAGGAGCCACUGUGGAGGACUUACUGCAAUGGCAAGAAAUGUGGGUAUGCAAUGAAACGUGAAUGUGGGGCUGAAGAAUGGAAGAUUUUGAAAGCGGUGGAACCAAUUUCGAUGGGUGCUGGUGUGUUGCCUGCAGGAGAGGGGAAUGGAGUUGGGUCCGAAGGUGAACUCAUGUACAUGAGAGCUAGGUUUGAGAGGGUAGUAGGUUCUAAAGAUUCAGAGGCCUUUUACAUGAUGAAUCCUGAUUGUACUGGAGGUCCCGAACUCAGUGUCUACUUGCUUAGGGUUUAGCGGCGAUCAUUGAUCAAGCCAUUCAAAUUUGAAUGGUGGGUUAAUCAUUUAUGUAUGCUCCUAAUGGAUUUUGCAGUUUUUGUAUUGGGAAUGGGGCUUGCUUUACCACUUUGUAAGUUUGUAAUAUGCAUGCCUUCACUGAUCUCUAGGCAUUGUCUUGGGGUUCAAAUGCAUGAGAUCUUUAUUAUAAUGGGUUAUGGGCAUAUCCAUGUAUAGCUAUUCUCUAUUUUUGAAGUUUUUGGGAACAUGAGCUGCUUUUCCUUUCAAAUUUUCCAUUAUAUAUGUAUAUAUCCCCUGCCUUUUAUUGAAGAUUUUACAAA